CCUCGAAUUUUGUUUCUACACCUAAUUGUUUUGGCUCUUCCAAAUAGAAGUGCCCAUCUGGUUGUCGAAUCCUGGUAAAGUAUUUAUACUUCAUCUUCUUCAUUUUGUUGCUGUUAUCGUUUUUGGCAUGUAACUAUUGUUUGAAUCCUCUUUCUCUAGACUUGAACUGUGUAAGUUUGGUGUUUUAAUAGUUUGACAUGUAACGAUUGUAGAAAUUUUAAUGAGAAACUUUGGAGUUAGGAUCAUCAAUGGCUUCCAAAUAUAAAUAAAUUGAUCUUUCUUUGUUUUUAUAAUCCAUGCCUUAUUUAUUGUUUUUUCUUUUUAUUUAUUCUAGUCUCAACCUUUCCUUUUCCGAUUGAUGUAACUUACAUUAAUUUUAUUCAAUAUUUUGACUCUGUUUUUAUAUAUAGGGAAAAAUGGUUCACUCAAAUGAUUCAUUUUGGCAUAAUGUUGAGGAGAUGAAGUGUAAGUAUUGUAGGCGUCAAUUUCCUAACAAUACUUCCAUUACGAGGAUCAAAUGGCAUUUAUCUGGAGAGGAAGGGCAUGGUGUUGCAAUUUGUGAAAGAGUGCCUAAAGAAGUUCAAGAAGAAGCUUUUCUAGCUAUGCAUGGUGGCAACAAAAGACAUAAAAGCAUAGCAAGUUCAAGCAAUGUUCAUGAUAAUGCCAUUUCAACCACUCCACAAGAACAAAACACUGAAGUCGACAAUUUGGCAGGGGAUGCAGGAAGGAUACAAGCACCAGAUACAAUGGUUCAAGCACUUGGAAGAUUUUUGGAAGAGAUCAAUGAAAUGGUAAUGGAGGAUGAUAUAGAGAAUGGGACUGGAGGGGUAGUGCAGCCUGGUGUAGGAGCUAGCUCUUCUGGAGGGCUUACAGGCAACACAAAUGAGACAAAAGGAGAUCCAUUACCUACUAGCCCUACAAAGCUAGUGGGUCGUGCAUUUGAACAUAAUACAAGUGUGAUAUUGUCUUGGUUAACGGAUGAUGAAGUCUCAACAAUUGGCAUUUAUGGAAUGGGAGGAGUUGGUAAAACAAUAAUGUUGCAACAUAUCCAUAAUGAACUUCUAGAAAGACAAGACAUUUCUCAUUGUGUUUUCUGGGUGACUGUGCCUCGAGAUUUCAGCAUUAAGAGAUUGCAAAAUCUUAUUGCUAAAUGUCUUUAUUUAGAUCUUUCAAGUGAAGAUGAUGAUCUACGUAGAGCUGUCAAAUUGUUAAAAAAACUAAGAAAGAAACAAAAAUGGAUUCUUAUUUUAGAUGAUUUGUGGAACACUUUUGAGCUACACAAAGUGGGAAUUCCCGUCCCAGUGAAAGGUUGCAAGUUGAUUAUGACAACACGAUCAAAAAGGAUUUGUCAACAGAUGGAUAUCAAACACAAAAUCAAAGUGAAGCCACUUUCGGAGAAAGAAGCUUGGACUUUGUUCAUGGAGAAACUUGGACAUGACAGAGCACUUUCUCCAGAAGUGGAACGAGUAGCAGUAGAAAUUGCAAGGGAAUGUGCUGGUUUGCCUCUAGGAAUUAUAACAAUGGCGGGAACCAUGAGGGCAGUGGUUGACAUAUGUGAGUGGAAGAAUGCAUUGGAGGAAUUGAAAGAAUCAAAAGUUAGAAAAGACGAUAUGGAACCUGAGGUAUUCCACAGAUUGAGAUUUAGUUAUAACCAUCUAAGUGAUUCAGCAAUGCAACAAUGUUUCUUGUACUGUGCAUUAUUCCCGAAAGACUUUGAGAUCCCUAGAGAGGAUUUGAUAGCUUAUUUGAUUGACAAUGGAGUGAUAGAAGAGUUGAAUAGCAGGGAGGCAGAAUUUAACAAAGGCCACUCGAUGCUUAAUAAACUUGAAGAUGUCUGCCUAUUGGAAAGUGCUAAGAAAAUGUUUGAUGAUUGUAGAUAUGUCAAGAUGAAUGGCUUGAUUAGGGACAUGGCGAUCCAAAUACAACAAGAGAACUCUCAAGGCAUGUUUAAAGCAGAUGCACAAUUAAGAGAAUUGCCAGAUGCAAAGAGAUGGACAGAGAAUUUUACAAGAGUUUCACUGAUGCAUAACCAAAUUAAAGAAAUUAUUUCCUGUCAUUCACCAAGGUGUCCCAGUCUUUCAAUUCUACUGUUAUGUGACAAUUCAAAGUUGCAAUUUAUUGCAGAUUCAUUUUUUGAAAAGUUGCAUGGGCUCAAGGUUCUUGAUUUGUCUCGUACAAAUAUCACAAAACUGUCUGAUUCUGUCUCUGAAUUGGUGAGUCUCACUGCAUUAUUGCUCAUAAAAUGUAGGAAGUUAAGGCAUGUACCAUCAUUGAAAAAGCUCCGGGAACUGAAGAGGUUAGAUCUCUCUGGUACUUGGGCACUUGAAAAGAUACCUCAAGGCAUGGAAUGUCUAUGCAACCUGAGGUAUCUUAGAAUGAAUGGAUGUGGUGAAAAGGAGUUUCCUAGUGGGUUGCUACCUAAACUCUCUCACCUGCAAGUCUUUGUACUAGAGGAAGAGCUAAUUGAUGGAAGAUAUACUCCGAUAACAGUUAAAGGAAAGGAAGUAGGAUGCUUGAAGAAGUUGGAAACUCUGGAAUGCCAUUUUGAAGGUCACUCUGACUACUUGAAGUAUCUUAAAUCCCGAGAUGAGACCCAAUCACUAAGCACAUACCGAAUUCGUGUGGGACUACUGGAUUGCUAUCAUCAUUGUGGCAGAAGUAAAACAAUUGUUUUGGGUAACUUGAGUAUCAACAGAGAUGAAGGUUUUCAGGUCAUGUUCUCAAAGGACAUUCAACAACUGCACAUUGAUAAUUAUGAUGAUGGCACAAGUUUAUGCGAUGUUUCCUCUCUAAUAAAGUAUGCAACUGAACUGGAGGUCAUCAGGAUAUGGAAUUGCAAUAGCAUGGAGAGCUUGGUUUCAUCUUCAUGGUUCUGCUCUGCUCCACUACCAUUGCCAUCUUAUAAUGGUAUAUUUUCUGGUCUUAAAGAGUUCUAUUGUUAUGGAUGUACAAGUAUGAAGAAGUUGUUCCCUCUUGUCUUGCUACCAAACCUCUCAAACUUAGAAAAUAUUGCAAUUUAUAAUUGUGAUAAAAUGGAGGAGAUAAUAGGUGGAACAAAAUCAGAUGAAGAAGGGGUUAUGGGUGAAGAAAGCAGUAGCAGCGAAUUCAAACUCCCAAAGCUAAGAAUUCUGAGCUUGUUUGACUUACCCGAACUGAAAAGCAUUUGUAGUGCAAAACUGAUUUGCGAUUCCCUGAAAGAAAUGAAAGUAAUAAAUUGUCAGAAGCUGAAGAAGAUGCCAAUUGGUCUUUCAUUGCUUGAAAAUGGCCAAGACAUCUUGACAUAGUCGAGCUUGCGAUAACAAUUGAUUAUGAGCAAUCAAGUAUGGGUCUAUCAUAACUAAAUGAGGAUCUGUCCUAUACAGAUUACAUAAAUGAUUUAACAGAUGUAUUUAUAGAUCAUUGAGAUAGGUUAUUUCAACCGACUGUUGGAUCAUGCUCAAACUUUUACAACAAUAAACGAAUGGAAUUGUUACUCCAACUGGUUUGAAAAUCUCACCUUAGGGCCUUGGUUUUGACAAUUUCUUUUUUUAUAAUUUUCCUUGUUAUUUCGGAUUUAUGCUUCUUUCUUUUGUAUUUUCAGAAUUCUUUUUGUUUUCUAGUUGAGAUAGGAUUUUUGGCUUAUUUAAGACUUUGUAAACCUCCUAAGGAGGAAAACUUCAGUAUUAUUAUUUUAGGCUCAUCAAAAAUUCAGUGUUGCUGUCAUUAACUUCUGUUUGCAUCUGAAACUAUGAGUAUCCAACCUUAACCUUUUAUAAUCCACUCUUUCCUUUUAUCUUAAUUUUUUUUUAAUACUAAUGGAUAUUGUUAUGGUUACUGUUGGUAUUACAGGCACAUACAAGGUUCCUAUCUUGAGGGGCCUAUACUAUGAUGUUUUGAAAAUAUAAGAAAAUAGAAAAAGGAAACAAAGUCAUUAAAGACUUAGACAAUAGAUAUAAAUAAAUAAAGAGUAUUGUGGUAAUUAAAUAAACCUUGAUAAGUAUAAAUAAGAUUAAAAAAAGAGAUGAAAAUCUGAUCUAAGAAAGUGAGAACCGGCAGGAGUGAAGGGGGAAAGAAAAAGAAAAGAAAAGAGAGAAAGAUAAAGGAAGAAGAAGAGAGUUAGAGAAAAUAAAUUUAAAAGAUAAGAUUUACACUUUGGUUAUGUAUAAUUAUGUUAUUUAGCUUUGAUUUUCUGUUUCGUUGAAGAUUAGGGUUUCGAAAAUUUUAUUUUGGGUUUGAUUGUCUUUAAGCUUUCAUUUGGAAGUACAAUUAAGAGCUAUGGAAACACUCCUUUUACUACAGAACAAAUGCCUAGUGAAGAACUAGAAAACUGAUAUCUUCAGUUGAUCUCAGCCCAAAAAGAAAAAACAUGAGCUGCUGUGCUUCUCUUUUGAGAAUCCUAAAGUUGCACCACAUAGUUCCCUUUUUUCUUAUUUAAUUAUUUUUCUCUUUUCUCCUCUUAAGGACUUCUAUUUUGUACAAUGUAGAGAUCUCAGCUUCAAUAACCUCACCGGAUAAAGUCUGACGUCAUUUGUACCGGCAAAAAUAGAUUUCCUGAAACAAGCUCACUGGAUCUGUUCCUCAAUGGCUUCUGGGAAGAAACAAGAACGUGCUAGGAUUCUGGUGAGUUUGCUGAAGGGUAAUUUGCUUUGAUAAACCCCCUCAAAAUUGAGCUGUCAUCAGCAAGCAAUUUUGCCUCUGGGGAGUUCUGUUCAUUGCCGUGAAAGAGGCUUCGUCAUUAAAUCAGCCAGCUGGUCUUGAGUGUGCACAUGCCUGACUUGAAGAGUGCCCAUUUGAACCAGAUGGCGAAGGGGAGUGGAGCUUGAAGUGUAGUUACUGAAGAAAGGAAUGUAUCCGCAUAGUUUCAGAGGCUGCAGUAGCAGGGGCCCUGUACUCAGCUUCAGUUGAUGAUCGUGUAGUGGCACGUCGUCUCUUUGAGCUCCAUGAGAUGGGAUUGGAGCCUACAAAGGUGAUGUAUACUGAAGUUGCGGUUCGAUCAUCAAGGUUGCCUACCACAGUCAGCAUCAGAAAAGGCCAGCAAGUUAGCUUGAGUCCAUGGAAGAUGAUUUGCUUUAAGUAGUGCAGCAGCCUCUAAGUUGUUGUCCAGUGGGUUUGAGUUGGUUUUUGCAUAAAUUGGGACAGCUUAUUCACAGCGAAAGAGAUGCCUGGUCGAGUGAGGGAGAGGUAUUGAAGACUUCCCAGAACCCUUUCUGUAUUCAGUGCUAUCAAAGGAAGCAGUACCAUCAUGGAGCUUGAGAGGUAGGCUUGUGGAAAGAGGGGUGCGAACUUCUUGAGCACCGUUCAUCUUUGUAUUAUGCAAUAAAUCAUGGAUGUACUUAUGCUGGGAAAGGAAGAUGCCAUCCCGAAGGGGUAGGACUUCCACUCCUAAGAAAUAAUGUAGUGCACCCGUAUCCUUCAAUGAAAAAUUUCCAGCCAAGUUGGUCAAUAAUGGAACACACAAA